CUCCAAAGUACUCGGCGCUGGUUUGCAUUUUUUUCUGCUUCCUUAAUUUAUAGCUCUGCUCACCACCGCCCACUCCAAGCUUCGUCGGCGAUGGGUCGGAAACUCAAAGACAACUCCUUUAACAGCGAACCAGCUGCCCAAGAAAUCCACAUUGACACCCAAAUCAAGUCCGAGAAGAAGAAGAAGAAAAAGAAGAAGAACAAGGACCACCCGAGUUCCCAACCUGAAGUCCAACACAGUCCCAAGAGAAAGCACGAAGAGAUUAUUGUACACGAGGACUCCAAUUCCAGAGAGAAAAAGAAGAACAAGCACGAUGAAUUGGAAGAGAAUGGUAAAGAGAGCGAAACCCAUGAAGGAAAAGAAGAGCUGAAGAUAGAUGGUGAAGAAGACAGGUCCGUUGAAGAAGAUGGCCUUGUGGUGGUAAGUGGGAAGGACGCAAAAGAAGCCAAGUACGCACCUUUGAAAUCCUUUGCCGAGUCCAAGCUUCCGAAUGAUGUUCUUCAGUGCUGCAAGAAUUUUGACAGCCCUUCUCUGAUUCAGUCCCGGGCAUGGCCUUUUUUAUUGGACGGUCGUGAUUUUAUCGGGAUUGCGGCAACUGGGUCAGGUAAGACUUUGGCUUUUGGGGUACCGGCAAUAAUGCAUGUUUUGAAGAAGAGGAAGGGAAAGUUUUCAAAGGGGCGUAAUCCACUUUGCCUUGUACUCUCACCUACUAGGGAGCUAGCUCAACAAAUUUCAGAUGUUCUGUCUGAUGCUGGGAAGCCUUGUGGUGUGGAAUCGGUCUGCUUGUAUGGAGGAACAUCCAAAGGACCUCAAAUAUCUUCUCUGAAGUCUGGUGUGGACAUUGUCAUUGGGACUCCUGGUCGUUUAAAGGAUCUGAUUGAUAUAGGUGUGUGCUGCCUUAAGGAGGUCACUUUUGGGGUCCUUGAUGAAGCAGAUCGAAUGCUUGACAUGGGAUUUGAACCAGAAGUUCGUUAUAUAUUAGGUCAAACAUAUUCAGCUCGCCAAAUGGUGAUGUUCAGUGCUACGUGGCCUUUGUCAGUUCAUCGAUUAGCUCAGGAGUUUAUGGAUCCUAACCCAGUUAAGGUUGUCAUAGGUUCAGAAGAUUUAGCUGCCAAUCAUGAUGUUAUGCAAAUAGUUGAGGUCUUGGAUGAGCGUUCUCGUGAUGUACGUUUGAUUGCAUUGUUAGAAAAGUACCACAAAUCUCAAAGGAACAGAGUCUUGGUUUUUGUCUUGUACAAGGCGGAAGCUCCACGGAUUGAAAAUUUGCUGCAAAAGGGGGGUUGGAAGGCUGUAUCAAUCCAUGGUAACAAACCACAACAUGAACGUACAAAAGCAUUAUCAUUAUUCAAGACAGGAAGCUGUCCUUUGAUGAUAGCUACUGAUGUGGCUGCUCGAGGAUUGGAUAUUCCAGAUGUUGAAGUAGUUAUCAACUAUAGUUUUCCUCUUACCACAGAGGAUUAUGUCCACAGAAUAGGGCGGACUGGACGGGCUGGCAAGAAAGGUGUUGCUCAUACAUUUUUCACACCACAGAACAAGGGACUUGCUGGAGAGCUGGUGAAUGUUCUUAGAGAAGCUGCGCAAAUAGUGCCAGAUGCCCUAUUGAAGUUUGGCACUCAUGUAAAGAAAAAGGAGUCAAAGCUUUAUGGGGCUCACUUUAAGGAAAUUACUGCAGAUGCUCCCAAGUCCAAAAAGAUCACAUUUGACAGUUCUGAUGAUGAAAACUGACCUAAACUUAUUGGUUCUAAUCUACGAGUACCAAAAAGAAAAUAUGGAAUGUGAGUUUGGAACUAGCAUAUUUACAAUUUACAAUUUAUUAUUUUUUUGUUUUGUAUUUUUUGUUUUUUGUUUUUUGUUUUUUUGGUGUAAAAUAUUUUUUGUUUUGUAUUUCGUUUUGUUUUUGCAUGUUUGUUUAAUGAUACAUUUGAUUAUAGCUUCUACAAGGCCCUGGAAUCUUGUAUUACUUCACAUAAUAAUUUAAAGUAUCAUAAAGCAAUUUUGAGCAACAUAGAA